AUGCCAUCAUUUCUCGGUCUGCCGCUUGAACUUCGAGAGACCAUAUUCAGCGACGUUCUCGCAGAUCUCACAGCAUGCCUCGUCAUAACCGACACUAAGACCUCUGUCUCAACGACGACACAGUCCUCCUUCAGCGUCUGCGACUUCAACAAACACAUCGCUAGUCUCUCACGCCAUCAUGCUGAGCCAAUCACGACCUCACUACUCAGCGUGUGCCGCCAAAUUCGGAACGAGACCAUUGCCUUGGCAGGUCGGACGCUGGACUUCGCUGUCGUCAUCAGCAGCAGCAACGCUGCGCUCGAAGCGACCACUGCCCACAUACUGCAGCGACCUUGCAUUCCGCCUGGAUGGACAAUAAAGCUACGCAGCCUGUCAGUGACCACCUAUACUUUGGUUACUCAUCAUGCACCAACUUUCUGGCAGGGCUUUUGGACGAAUGUGAGCUCGAUGUGCCCGUUUCUGACACACGGGAGCGUCAAUCGCUUGAGCUCCAACCUGCAGCUUCUGGGUGGCCAGAGCGAGACUGCGUCCGUGAUGAACUACUGCUCGACGAGUUCUGGCGCAGCAACAAAAGUUGAUGAUAUCCUGACUGAUGGUCCGGUGAUGGGCAAGUACAAAGCAGAAGCACGCGAGCAGUUCUAUAGGGUCAUCAGCGAGAUGCCACUCAAGGGGGAGAGGGGUUGGCGAGUGAGUAUGAAGCUGAAGUUUGUGGUCUGGAUCACUGGAGUCAGUGUAUAUGGGUAUGAUGAUUUUGGAUGCUACGUUACAGUGUCCGAGAAUGGCGAUUCGGCGGCAACACGAGACAGCACUGCCGAUCACGAUACUCUGAAAGGACACGUCGUUGUUCAUCGUCGAGGUGCAGAGGCACGGACACGGGAGACAUUUGAGCCUGGGGCUGAUGCGGUACAGGUGGCCGUGGGCGAAGUGAUGAGUGCUGGACGAGUACAGAGUUUCGUUGACAUGGAGAACAUGUUGAUCGCCUAG